AUGGCGAUUUUCAAGACCGCAACUCUCAUCGCCUUGUUAGCCGCACUGGCAAAUGCCGGUCAUUCUGCGGACCCUGGCGUUGGCUCAAACCCAAAGGCCGAGGGUGCAACCGACAAAGUCACUUCCAAAACUGGACCCAACGGAUCCGAAGAUUGGCUCAACACUGGUAUCACCGGAGGUGGCUGGAAGCCGCCUUACCUCGCCCUCGAAGACAUCUACCACAUUUCGCUAGAUACCUUCUACGACGGCAUCGGAUCACCCUGCAAGAAAUAUGACAAUUACUUCCAAAGUGCUGGGUCGAAGUACAGCAUCGAUCCCGUCAUCCUAGCUGUCCUCGCGAUGCAGGAAUCCUCUUGCAAUGCCGAUGCCGGCGGCCCAACCCCCGGAUUGAUGCAGGUUUCUUGCGAGAACUAUCCCAACGGGAAGUGCACCGACUCGAUUCAGGACAACGUCAAUGCGGGAGCCAACUAUUUCCACGGGCAGCUCAAGGAGACUGGAGGCAAUGCGAUCCAAGCCUUUGGCAGGUACAAUGGAUGGUUCGUGGCUGGUAGCGGGUUGAACCAAAACAAGGGACUUACUGAGGAUUAUCCCUGCUCCUCAGAGGGACGGUCCAAUGGCGAGCCCCAGAACCUGGAUUAUGUUCAUCAAGUGCUUAAUGGUUGGUUGCUGGGACUGGAUGUAUAUGGCGACGACAACUGGAUUGGUACUUACAAGUGCGACCAGAAAUGCGGUGAUGGUAGCAAGUGUUAA